AUGGUCAAAUCAAUCGGUCGACCGUCAUCAGUACGUACGGAAGAUGAGUGGAAAUGGAGAAACUUGUUUGUUUCGUGGAUCCAUUCAUGUUUAAGCGCUACGUGGGUUUUAAUGUGGUAAGUGAUUCUGUUUAUUGAAUGUAUGUUUCUAAUGCUUGUAAUAAAUAGCAAAAUAAAAAUCAUCGGGAUGGCAGUUAAAAUCUAAAACUUUUUGCAAAAGUGCACAGUCCUUAAUGCCUUAAUUAUGAAAGUUGCCAGUGUGGAAGGACACAGAAAAAAGUCAUACGGAGUGCGCUCUUUUGAAGCGGUAGCGCCAAAAUUAUGGAACAGUUUGCCCCAAUCUUUGAGGGAAAUUGAAAAUGAUAAAAAAUCAUUUAAGAAACAUUUAAAAACUUUUUUAUUUAAAUAGGUUUAAGAACAUCAGAGGGCUGUGAACACGCUAAAACUAAAGUAGCAUUAGGCCAUUAGGCACUUUAAAACUAGUCGAAGCAUCGAUCUGCGCAUGUCCAAAAAUGUCGAAAAAACUUUUUCUACAAUAUGGCGUACAGCUACACGGUAUCUUUGGAAAAUUGCAUACUACGUCAUCUUUGUUUAUUCAAUAUUUGCUUUCCUCAUCAGUGACGUAUCAGUUUUUGUUUUCCGGUCAUAUAUUGAUUAAUGCUACUAGAUUUUUUGUGCAUCACGGACAGUAUUAUUAUAAUGACUCGGUUAGCAUAUAAAUCACAUAAAUACUUUUUUACUAGUAAAUCAACCAAAAUAAGUUUUAUUGCUACCCAAUCUACAUUCAUUGUAUGAGUUUUUUCAUUUUUUGAGUUAUUAUCGUUGAGCUAUCUAUAAAAAGUUAUGCUUCCCACGAAGACGUGGGGGGUAUAAAAUUGUCAUUAUUUUUUAUUUUGAUCGAGAAGCCGGAAAUGGCUGCUAUCACUGUGAUUCGUUAAUGUUAAAUCCUUAAACAUCUAAAUAAUUAUAAGACAUUUAAAAUGAAUAAUUUUAAGAAAAGAUUAUAACCAAACUUGAAAAGUUUAUGUAGUAACCAAGCGUUGGUUUUCAUUUUUAAUUAUUACAUUAAAAAUUGUGUACGGUAGCGGUACACAGUUACGUUCUUCAUUAUUGAAUCAAUAUCUAAUUUAAAAGUUUUACAAUAGUAAUAUCAAUAAUAAUAAUCGUUUUUCUCUUAUUAAUUAUUUCAGAGAAUAUUACUAAAAUUAGGCCUACUUAUCAAUUAUAAUUAUAAACAACUGUUAUUAUAAUAUUUAUUAUUUAGGCCUAAGCUAAGCUUAAUUCUAUUACUACGACUACCACCACACUUACAUGCCCAAUUUAAGUUAGUGUGUUUGUUUUAAUUUAAUGUACUAAAAUGUACAUUUUAAAUAAUUGUAAAGUUAAUGUAACAUUCUAAUUCUUAGCCUUCUUACUGUGUGUCUUUAAAGGCUAUAAUAUAUUAUUAGAAUCAGAUAAUUGUAAGUUUAUUGAAUUAACAGUCUAGUCUAGAUAAUAUAUUUUUUAGUUAAGCCUAUAUAUAACAGUUUUAUUAAAAUACUUCAAAUUAAUAAAAAAGACUCAAACAAGAUCAUCGUAGUAAUUAUAUAUUUAUUAGGACAUAGAAAAGCAGUACAUAGGCAAUUAUUUAAUAUAUCAAAUAACAUUUUUUAAUGAAUUAGUCUCAUCAUCAUGGAUGAUUUUAUUUGAGUAAUUUUUAUUUAUAAUUACAUGCGUUCAAUUUUAUACAUACAAAAACACUACUUACCUUAAUAGAAAUAUAAUAAUUGAUUUAAAAUUUAACAAAAGCAUAAUAAUGUGAGUUAAAAUUCAAUAAACAUGUUAUUUUUUCGUUUUUUCCUAUAUAAAUAAUGAUUUUCCCAAUUUUUCUGUUCACUUUUUUCUCAACAUACCCACAAAUAUAUAUAUCAAAAAUUUAAAAAUCUUGAUGUUAUAUAAAAGUUUUGUUGUUUAUUUUGAUGUAUAUUGCAUUGAGAAUGUCUUCUGACAAUUUGGUAGCAUUAUCUUUUAAAAUCCAAAAGUUUGGGCAAAUAAGGCAGAAAUUUGGAAAGUGGGUCACACGUUUUUUCAGUUAAAUACAAAGAUAAAGAAGGGAGUUUUGAAAAAUCACCAAAAAAAUCGUAACUCCACUUCUAAAGAUAGAAAGAUGAAAUUGGUGUUGUUGUAAAGCUUAUAGCUAGCCCUUUAAAAUGAUGUUUCAUUCAUGGCAGUCGAACAAUAUUUAAAUUUUGUGUCAAAGUACCUAGUAGCAUGGACCCAUGGGUACCAGGGCUAUAUAAAUAAGAAGUGUCUACACUUCCAGUGACCGGAUGAAUAGUGCGGGAGAUAUGUGUCCAGCGACCAAGUCACAUGACCGCCGGAGGAAUACUUUAUCAAGAUAUUUGUCCGGCAUCCACAGCACAUGAAUGCCGUACCAAAGAGGCUUACAAGUGGCACGAGAGAAUUGUCCGUCAGCCUUGUCAUGUGACCGAUAAUUGUACAGUCGAUCAGAAAAAUGGCGUCGGAGAUGCAUGUAGGCCGUAGCGAAUAGUUUUUACAGUAAUUUACCGAGUAUCUUGUAAACAAAUAAUAGAUAAAAAUACUUGGGUAAGUUACCAAAACAAAGGGGUUGGGGGGGGGGAGACAAUUUUAAAUCAUGUCGAUAGAAUUGGAUGCUCAUCAAAAAAAAGGUGUUGGGGUGGGGGAGUGUUAAGCAAUAAUGCAUUCUAGAGGGAAGAAAUGCUGAGAGGGAUAGAGAAAUACAGUAAUAAAGAAAUAAGAGUGAGGGUGAUAAAUAAUUAAAUUUAAGGCGGGGAGGCCAAUAGUUCACAAAGAAAUAGACCCUGCCUACAUCUUAAUAUAGGGCCGAUAUAGUGGUAGCCUAGCUACUUCUCAUGCAAUACUGAAUACUAAUCCUAAAAUACAACUUUAUUGGCAUAGAUCUUUUGAAGUCUACUGGUCUUAUUUUAUUUGGUUCAUAUUUUAAAUUUACGCUUAGUUCAAGGUAGAGCUUUUUGAAAUGUUUUACCAAGAUAACAGACUUUUUUCUUUGAAGAGUCGGAAUUAAAUAGACUAGUAAUAGUAGUAAGAGUACUACUAGUUAGUAUAUAGGCCAACUAGUUUAAUAUUCAAAGUCAAAUGCUUACGAUAGACUUUAUGUAUCUCAGAGCAUAUGAAUAUAUUAACAUGUUCUGUAUUUAUUUAUUAUCUAGGGAUUGGCCUACUGAUAUAUGUAAUAUAUGUACACAAUAUUGGAAUAUCAUAAUAAUAACACCUACUAUUUGUCUGGCGGUCACAUGACAUGUCUGUCGCGGAAUAAAAUCUCCCACUAGGUGUCCAGCGGUCACGUGACUUGCCCGCCAGACGCAAAUGACCCGCACUACUCGUCCGGUCGCCGGACGUGUAGACACUGCCAUAUAAAUAUUCAAUUCACUACUAAUGAAUUUGUUGUCUUUCCCAAAAACAUUUUUGAAGAAGUUCAAAAUCUAUGUCAUUCAUAUUAAAGCCUCCUGAGCCUUACAUAUUGAUGUAUAUUUGUGCCGAUUCUCAUUGAGUUAGGACGUCGGCCAUUAGUUAUGCUCAGUUGGGUAAGCCACAAGUAUGGUAAUAUUGCUGAGCCCAAACAUUUGAUAAGGUGACAAUACACCCCUUUUAAAGGUUAGAAGUUGCAGAUACUUAAAAAAUAUUAAAUUAUUACCACUACUUACAUUAAAAUGUAAAAUAUUUGAUAACUUGUGAUUUCGAAUGAACUUACAAGGCAUUUAAACAAGAUUAUUUUAAUUUGAGUUUUAAAAACCCAGUAGACUCCAUAUUAUUAAUAAUCAUAAUUUGCUGUGUGCAAAACAUUGUCAUGGGCAACCAUUCACAGUCACUUGCAUGUGCUAUACUACUAUAGUAUUUUACUCAUGGUUUCAUUCAUAUUAGACUGUCAUAAGCAAACAGUAUUAAAUCAUAGUCAGAGGGAGCUUUAAUUUAUUAGUGAUGUCGAUGUGUAAAAGUUGAAAAUUCAAAAUAAGUAGUCCGAAACUAGUGUUAUUUUCAUAGGGAAGCCAAGCAUUAUAAAGACUCUUUAUUUAUAAAGGACACCAUAAAUGUGUUAAACGGAACAGCCAUAUCAUAAAAUUUGCUAAUAAUGCAUAUUACUUAGCUAGAUAAUUUACAAUUUAAAUUACAAUAUAAUUGCAUAGUAGUGUUAAAAUUAAUAUUAAAAUUAUCAUUUAAACAAGAGAAAUAGCAUGUGACACAAUCAGCAGAAUCAGGUCACCAAAUGUGGAGGUGCAGUCUUUAGUAAAAAAAUUAAAAACUAAUUCACACUUAAAAAAUUCAUAGCUGAAAAAGUACUAAAGCUAAAAUGUUUAUUCUAGUAUUAUUUCUCUAUUAAAGUUUGCUCUAUGCAACUGUUCUUUUUUAAUACUUUGUUGAAUUUUUUUGGAAGUACCACCAUAGUAUCAUCAUAUAGUUAAUAACAUAAGCAUACAAAUUACUAUAGGCUAACUCAGGUCAAUUUAAUCUCUGAAUCUCUGUUUGAAAAUUUCUUGAUGAUUCUUCAGUUAAAAAGUUUCAAAAGAGUGGCCUAUAAUUUACUAAAGGCCUACUGUUACGCACUGACUUGUAUUGGGAGAAAUUAAUCUCCUAUUUUAAUUUUAAUUGGCUCGUUGUAAACAGUGCCUAACAAAGGACGAUACCAUAGAAUCAACAAUAUUAAAGAUACGACCCAAAACAGUUUCUAGUUACAAUUUAAUUAAGAUUUAUUAUGUCUUAAGAUAAUUACAAAAUAAAAUAAAAUUAAAAUUACAAUCUUCAACUUACAGUAUGGUAGAUCUCGUACCGGUACACAGUUAAUAAAAUUUGAAAUAAUGAUGCCAAUAAAUAAUGCGAAAUAAACACAUAUAAGUAGGAGCACACAAAUACACAAAGAAUAAAACACGCCUCGUAAUGUUAAGAAAAUCUAUCUGAAAUCUCCGUCGCCUCUGUAUCUGUCAAUCAUUUAUAUACAUGUAGAGUAAGACGCUUCCAGAAGGCUUAGGACCUGUUGUUUACAUAUCUCGGGUUAAGGAGUACAUUCCAGAAGGUACCCGGAGUCAUUAUACCCAAUGCGUAAUUGGAAGCCGAUUGUAAACAAGAUAAUUCAAAGGCCUAAGCCAUACCCCUUUGUGAACACAGCGUCUCAUGCGGGGUCAAUCAGAGGGCACGCACGAGAAAUAUGAUGUAAACAAGCUCUCUAUAGGGGUGUGCCGGACCCCGGUCCGGAAUCCGGUUCCGCCGGAUUUUGCACUAUCCGGUGAAAUCCGGUUCCGCCGGAUUUACAUGUAUCCGGAACAACCGGAUUCCGGAAUCCGGAAUAUACCGGAUUUCGGAAUUUGCCAGAUUUUGUGACUCACCGGAUCAUAAUCUGAAAUAAAAGUAAUUCUCUUUCCCGAAUUUCACACGAUCACGAUACAUUAAUCGAUUGUUUCGAGCGUUGAGCUUGUUUAAUGUUUAAUAUUCCGUACAUACCAGAGGCUAGAGUCAGCACCGCUAAUAGUGGCCAAUAGUGUAGGGACUUUGAUAAGAAAAUUUAAACUUUUUGUAAAAAUAAACCAAUGGCAUAGUUGAAAAGAUGUAAUUUUUUAAAGAAUUAUAACACCAAAAUCAUAUUUUUAGCUGUUGUAGUUUUAAAGUUAUGAAUUUUUAAAGUACGACUUGGUUUGUCAUUUUUUAACAUGGACUGCAUCUCCACAUUCUGUGAUCUCAUUCCACCAAUCCCGUCAUGCGCAAUGACUAUAUAGUUUAUAUAAGGCAACGCAUUCCCUGCCUUAUCACUAAAAUACUGUUUAGACUUAGUUUAAACUUUCAACUUUGGCACAUGAAUAAUUAAUUAAAGCUUUCCCUGACCAAUGGUUUAAUAGUUUUUGCACACGGCAAACUCUUAUGAAUGAAACUCUGAGGUAGUACUACGAUACAGUUAUGCAAGUGGCUGUGAAUGGUUGCCAAUGACAACGUGUUGCACACGGUAAAUUCUGAUCAUUUAUAAUAUGGAUUCUACCGGGUUGUUAAAGCUCAAAUUAAAACAUUCCAGUUUAAAUGUCUUUAAAUGCAUUCUGAAACACAAGUUAUCAAUUAUUUUGAUGUAAAUAGUGAUAAUAAAUUAAUAUUUCCUAAGUAUCGUCAACUUCCGCCAUUAAAAAGGGGGGCGUGGCCAACCCCAUGGCGAAAUUAGGUUGAGCGAGCUGCAUGACCUGCUGCGAACGCGUAGAAACAUGGCGUCUCUCGUAAGACACUUAUCCAAAUGGAACGGAACUCAAAUAUAUAUCGAAAGUACUAAUUUAAUAAUAAAUAGACACACACAUCGGAAAAUUAAAAACUCGGAUUUUUUGGCGCCGAUUGCGAAUUCCCAUACACAAAAAGUAGUAGUCCACCUUGACUUACCGAAGUAUCUACCAAUAGUACCAAAAUCCGGAAUCCGGGAGAAACCGGUAUCCGGAUCCGGCGGAUUUCGCAUAAGAAAAUCCGGAUCCGGAUCCGGUUGGAAAAAACGGAUCCGGCACACCCCUAGCUCUCUAUAACACCUACGCUUAGUAAUAUUUAAAAAUUGUCAAAGUAAAAAUUAACUUGUAAAAAAACUAAUAUAAUUUUUGCAUCAAAUUGAGAUAAAUGUAUAAAGUGUUCAGCAAAACCCAAGCCCAUAGCAAAAUCCAUCCAUCAUGUCCAUGACGCAACACUUUGUCUCUAAAGAAUAAAAUAGUAAUUUUAUAAUUAAACAGAUUUUAUUUUCUCUUUAACCAGUUUAGAGUUCACUUAAUUAUCUGUAUUUUUUUAAUUCAAUGUGUGGUCCAUCUCUGAUAUCCAAAUAGGAUAGGAUAAUCCAGUUUCUUUGUACUACAUUCUUCUUAUUUUAUGCUUUUCUUUUUUUUAGUAAGGGUAUUGCUGCUAAAACGGCCAAUGGAUUCACAUUCAGCUUAAAUAAUAAAAUACAUUGUCAACCUGAAUAGGGAUUGGUUAGUUGCACCCAACGCAUUUUCAACCUGGCUAAUGAUUGUUUCAUUGUACCCAACACAUUGUUAACCCUACUAGUGAUUGUUUCAUUGUACCCAACACAUUUUAAACCUGACUAGUGAUUGUUUCAUUGUACCCAACACAUUGCCAACCUGACUAGGAAUUGUUUCGUUUAUACCCAGCAACCAUUUUAUUUGAUGUUAUCUAUUCUUGUUUUGUGAAUUUUUAGCAUGUAUUUAGUUCAUUUGUUCAGUGAUGUCCUUGUAGUAGCCUUACUCUGUCACAUCUUUUAAUGGGCGUCAUAUUGUUAUUGGGUUUUAAUUAUUUAAAAUGCCUAAGUAACUUGGACGUACAUACAGUGAACAAUAAAUUGGAUUAUGAUUUGUAUAUGCCUUAUAUAUUUUUAUAUGUUUAAAACUAGUUUUAAUUUAUUGUGUGCAGGAUGACAUGGCUUUACAAGUAACGAGUUAUUUAUAAAAUAAGAAAACAUACUUUUUUUGUUGAGUUAAACAUAGUUAUAAUUCAAUAAAAUACUUACACCACUUUACCACAAAAUGUUAAUAAUGAAAAGAAAUCGCUUACAAUAAUUUAAUAUCACAAGCUGAAAGUUUUUCACCUAUGAAUGAUUGCAUUUCUUAUUUUUCAGCAUGCUUGUGUACCCUGUGUUUUUAAAUGACCUUAUUCACCAUGUAAACUACUUCACUUAUUUUUGUACUUGUUUUGGUACAGGUUAGUAUAGUUAUGAAAAUUUACUGUUCAAGUUUAGCUGAGUUGUUUUCUCAUGAAAAAAACACCCAAAAAAACGUCCUGCAAAGUCUUGAUGAAGAUAAAGAAAUUAGUCAACAAAAUACAUUUUGGUAAAGACAUUUUCCAACAUGGAUAACCAAUUUAAAAAAAAAAAAUCAUGCUAUUUUAUUCAGCAAAUAAAUGUUUUCACACCUUGCUUGUUAUAAAUAUAAGGCACAUCACCUUUGUUAGUAUAAAUGUUCACUCAUCCCAUUGUUAUUAAUGUUCCAUAGUUACCUUUCUUAAACAUCUCUCCACUUCUGCUUUGCUAUAAAUUUUACCCACAUCUCAUUCAGCUAUAGGUUUCCCCCCACAUUUUCCUUGCUAUAAAUGUGCCAAUAUCUCCCUAAGUUAUAAAUGUCCCUACAUCCCUUUAGUUGCUUCUCCCUUUCUUUUACACAUUUCCCAAUACCUAAAUAUUAUCUCUGUUGUUUAAAUAAUUAAAAACAUCUUGUUCUAUUUCUUUUUACCUUUAAAAUCUGAUUAUUGGGUUGGGUUAGUAAAAUUUAUUUUAAAAAUGAAAUUAAGUUGCUACAGUUAAAUCCUAUUCCUUUUUAUUUUCUCAGGUUACUUUAUGUACGACUUUCUGGAUCUGUUACGCAACAAGAAAAUGAAGGUGUUCUGGCAGGUUGCAGUACAUCAUGUGGCGGUAAGUGAAAUAGUUUUUAAAAAAAAACACCACCAAAAAAAACAACACUCCACUGGAUCAUUGUUGUAAGAAUAAGUUUUUAAAAAAAAUUACUGAAUUUUUUUUUUUAUGUUCAGGUCAUUUGCACCGCCUUAUGGUUAGUGUUUAUUGUGCAAGGGAUUCUUCUAAUUGAAGAAACCACAAAUUAGUUGAAACCUAAGAGAGACAGUGUUUUGAGGUGUUAAUUUGUAACAACAGGUGAGCAAGGCGUGAACAUUUUCGCAAUGGGCAUUAGUGUUUUGGAAUUUGGGAGGGCGGUAAGUGGCAGCAUAUGCAGGAGUGUGUCAGGACAGUCCAAAGAAGAAUAUGAACAACUGCACCACCAGUACCCAUAUCAUCUUAUCCGAUAUGGUCUUUUAAGCUACAAUCGCACUGCAGAUUUGUAACAGCAGAACGUCUCACGUCUGAUAUUUAUUUCUGACUACCAGCUCCAGAAGCACACGCCUGGCUGGCAAUCUGAUGCUCCGGAGAUGCAUGUCAUUUUAUAAAUAAAGUUUGCUUCUCUUUUCAUUUAAUUUCAUGCGAUAGAAGGAAGAUGAAAUAAAGAAUUAUGAAAGAGGGAAUUAGCUACAUGUGUACAGUAGAAGUCACCAUGGCAACGCAUAAACAGUAACAUAGAAAACAAAAAUCGACUAUUGGAGGGGAAAAAAGAUAUAGAUGUUCAUAAGCAAAAAUAUUUUUUUUUGGUUAAAAAUUUAAUGAAAUCAUAUUAAAAGUUCAAUAAUUACUUUAUUAAAACUAUGCAGAUCUGCAAAUAAUGCUUGAUUAGCACAUCUGAUAAUUAGCUGAUUAAUCUGUCAAUAGAGGCUGAUGACUAGAUAAACACAUGUUCUGAUAUGCCAAUCGCCAAUUACUUACAUGACUUAUAUACUGAUGAAUUGAUUGAACCCUAUUAAACGCUCAUCUUAAGGUUUGUAUGCACACAUUAUUUCCUGAGAGUUGCAAUAUCUUUCUCAUCCCUAUCACAGGUGGUUUCAAUAUUCUUCUACAACAUUGCCAUAAGAGCUCAGAUAGGCUUCACCCUGAUAGCCCUGAGCGUGGAGGUGAACUCUGUCUUUCUUCACUGGAGGAAGCUCCUGCAGAUGUUGAAAACGCCCUUUGACAGCCCCAAGUAUGUAGUCAUCAAGCACCUCAACCUGCU